AUGCACCUAAUGAUGAUAUUGACACUACUGUGCCUCUUCGGGCGCUUCGGGCGCGGGCUGGCACCCCGCCUCGGGGGGCUUGUGGGCAUAGGAGGUGUGGCGGAUGUUGGGGGCGAGGAGCUAAACUCGUCGGCCUUACAGACCUCAGAAACAUUAGCCGCCGAGGCCUCACACGUGACCAUCACGCGAGCGGGCUACGAUAAGCUCGUGUACUUCAGCAAGAUAUGUGCCUUGACGUACUGCAUCAAGGAUAGGACGCUAGUUGAGAACAAGACGUUUUACGAUGGGGGAUGCCCGGCGGACCUUGAGUUCUGUUCAAACCUCACGGUGAACCCGACGGCGAAAAGGACUCGAGUGGAAUUAGUAUUGGAGGCAGAACGCAAUGAGCUCGGCACAGGGUAUGUGGCAGUUGAUCAUGGCAGACAGGUGGUGAUACUUGCUUUCCGGGGCUCAAGCACACAGCAGGACUGGUUUAGUGACAUGCAGAUACACCCAAUUGCAUACGUGCCGGCGUCGUUAACCCGUUACAACAAGCUUGUUGCAGAUGGCGUCAUACCACCAUGCGUGGACUGUAAGGUGCACCGGGGCUUCUACCGCUUUGCGAAGACCUUGAAUAGGAACUUUUUGGAGCGUAUAGAGAGGAUAUAUAAUCUAUAUCCGAACUAUAAGUUAGUUGUCACCGGUCACUCGCUUGGCGCCGCAUUGGCGAGUCUUUGUGGCAUCGAGCUUGCGCUUCGGGGCUUUGAGCCCUUGGUGCUUACUUAUGCCACCCCGCGGAUGUUUAACCAUUCAUUGAGAGAUUGGGUUAAUGCUCUUUUCAAAACAGAGCAAAUUCACUUUGAGUCGGUACAAAAGAAAGAGCUGCAACUAAAUAAGGGCUACUUUCGGGUUGUGCAUACCCGAGAUUAUAUACCAAUGGUCCCGCCACUAUACGUUGCUGCAGGCUUGGAGAUAUAUAUCGAGAAACUUCACUUCCCACACGAGCUUAAGGAUUUACAUUACCGUGGCAUGAAUCUUGAACCACUAUGGCAUAUUGAGGGCGACUUGCUAUCCCCACGCAGUCGCUUUAAUGAACGGAUAGAAAAAUGGUUGCAUAUGUAUGAACAUCGCAGCUACUUUAUCAUGAUCAACACAUGUAGUGGGUUCUAG